GCCGCCCGGCCUUUCCUUCGGCUUUCCCCUCUCGCCCCCGCGGAGGCUCCUCGGAAGGCGCCUGCGCAGGGGACUGGGCGCGGAGGCGGCCGAGCUGUCGGGAGGGGCUUGCGUGGGCGCUUCCAACACCUCAGAUUGUCUAAAGCCACAGGGAAAAUGGUGGAAAAUUCACCGUCGCCAUUGCCAGAAAGAGCGAUUUAUGGCUUUGUUCUUUUCUUAAGCUCCCAAUUUGGCUUCAUACUAUAUCUCGUGUGGGCUUUUAUUCCUGAAUCUUGGCUAAACUCCUUAGGCUUAACCUAUUGGCCUCAAAAAUAUUGGGCAGUUGCAUUGCCUGUCUACCUCCUCAUUAUUAUAUUAAUUGGUUAUGUACUCUUAUUUGGAAUAAACAUGAUGAGUACCUCUCCACUCAACUCCAUUCAUACAAUCACAGAUAACUAUGCUAAAAAUCAACAGCAGAAGAAAUAUCAAGAAGAGGCCAUCCCAGCAUUAAGGGAUAUUCCUAUUAGUGAAGUAAACCAGAUGUUCUUCCUUGCAACCAAAGAACAUUAUGCCAAAAACUAAAUUCCACCAAAUCAGAAUGGAGCCACAUAGAGCCAGUGGAUAUCUCAGUGGUCACCUGUGUGGACUUAUGACCAACAACCAACUCUUCUCUGCUGGAAAUACAAUAGAGAUCUCAGGAACCAAAGGAGCCACGGAGUUCGAAGUGAUGACCUUAUUGAAAAUCAGUGAAAAUUCUUGAGCAGAGGCAUUUGUGGGCUGAGAUUUUAUAUCUUUCACAUGGGCCAGGAGAAAAACUCUCUCCAAUAAUUUAAUACCUGUCUCAGGCUAUUUCUGCAAAUCCAGUGUUGAAGCUCUGCUUGUAUAGGUCACAGUCAUAGAAAGCCAUAUGGCCAGAGCAGGAUGACGCCAGCCAGAGCCUCAGAGUGACUCAAAUGUCACUCUCCAAUCUCACCAUGGUUGGCCAGGCUGGCUCACUUGCGUUAUAAAGCCUGUUUACAUGGCCCCUGCGUAUUACAAACAGCUGUGAGUCAGUCUGCACCAGCUGCUGCGGCGGCUUCAAGAGGCCCCAUCCUGCCCUCUGACACUGGUUUCCAGGACCCCCUCUUUUGACUGUUCUCAAUGAACCACGGGGUGGCAUGCGCUGGAGUAAGCAUAGCCACCCCUCACCACUAUCCCAUGAAGGACAAGCACCCAACAGGAAUUAAAGUUCAGUGUCCACUUUAUCAUUGAUGGGGCCAGAUGGUCAAGUGCUGCAUAAAAAUGAAGCCAAAACCAAACUUUCUUCCUUAAGUCAGAUGUGAGGAGGGCUGGGCCUGCAGCUCUAGACUUGUCCCAGCCAUCUGCAUGCACCAGAGACCAUGGAGGGCUGCCACCUGGGUGGUCCUGGCAAAUAGCAGACAUCCCACUAGUUGCCAUUUCUCACCCAUCUUCUCACCCAUUGGAUAAGUCACACCCCCUCCCCGUUGAGUGUUAAGGAGUGUGGGAUAGAGUGCAGGAGUGUGUUCCCUAAUCCUUCCCCAGGAAGGCAGAAUGGUUUUAGUCACUGAGGCAGAAAUAUGAGGAGAAAGACCAUGGUUUCCUACACAGGACAUUUAGGUUGUCUCCUGUUUUCCCCUAUUAUAAACAACUUCUUUGUGGAUAAGCUUUGUGAAGUUGUGUCCUUGGGCUAGGUUCUUGAUGUUGGAUUUGUUACAGGGUCAAAGGGCUUGAACAUUUUUAAGAUACUUAAUAUGGGAUCCCUGGGUGGCGCAGCGGUUUGGUGCCUGCCUUUGGCCCGGGGCACGAUCCUGCAGACCCGGGAUCGAAUCCCACAUCGGGCUCCCGGUGCAUGGAGCCUGCUUCUCCCUCUGCCUGUGUCUCUGCCUCUCUCUCUCUCUCUGUGACUAUCAUAAAAAAAUAAAAAAAUAAAAUUAAGAUACUUAAUAUAUAAUAGACUGAUCUCCAAAAAGGUGGUAUCUAUAAACACGAUCCCUGCAGUUCACUAACAUUAAUCUGGUGUGAUGGUUAAUUUUAUGCAUCAACUUGACUGGGCUAAAAGAAGCCCAGGCAACUGGUAAAACAGUAUUUCUGAAUGAGUCUGUGAAAGUGUUUCCAGAAGAGAUUAGCAUUUGAAUCAGACUGGGUAAAUUAGACCUACCCUCUCCAGUGUGGGUGGGCAUCCAAUCCUUUGAGGACCCAGAAUAGAACUAAAAAGUGGAGGAAGGGUGGAUUCUCUCUCUCUCUUGAGCUGGGACAUCCGUCUUCUCUCCUUGGACCUCAGAACUCCUGGUUCUCAGACCUUCAGAUUUGGACUGAAUUAUACAACAGGCUUUCCUGGUUCUCCAGCUCAUGGAUGGCAGAUGGUGGCUUAUGGCAGGCCCCAUAAUUACAUAAGCCAACUCUUCUGUAUAAGCAAAUCUCUUCUGUAUCUAUGUGUAUUGCUGUUGGUUCUGUUUCUCUGGAAAGCCAUGACUAACACUGGCCAUGAAGUGCUCCUCGCUUCUGGAGUAUAUGCAAUGCCACCAUGUUCCACUUUUCCAAAUCUUACUAAGUAUGUUUUGAUUUCUCACUGUCCACUGUUGAUAGGAAUUUCAUAAUCAUUCAUUCAGGGAUGAGGGGGAGGGGGCCUUCCUCACUCUUCCUUGGGCUGUGUAUGCUUAUGCUAGCCAAGAACAAGCAUUUCAUCUGUCAUGCUUGUUAGCUCUCUGCCACUGUGCCUUUCCCAGACCUCUUGCCACACCUCCUCCUUGCUCUGAUCACAGACUGCCUUGGGCUCGUGAGGCUCAUGCUCGGGGUCCACAGACCGCCUGCUGACCACACCUACUCAAGGCCCCCCUCUCCCAGACCUCUGUCCCUCUGUCCCUGUCUCGGGACACCCAGGCAUCAGUGCUGGGGUGGGCACCCAACCCAACAGACGGGCUUUGGCAUCCCCUGGUGUUCCAUCUCUCAGCCUUCUCUGAAGUGGUUCCCCACUUUCAAUGAGGUACAUGAUGACCUGGAAUAAAGCUCGCUUUCCCUUGCAGCAGGACACUGUGACCUCAGUUUUUUUUCUGGGCAGUACAUUGGACGGAAGGGGAAGGAAGGACACUUUUGUAAAGCGUCUUUCAAGGAAGAGUCAUGCCCUGCUUUGGCCCUCCUCAUUUCGCUCGCUGCCUGGGUGUAGAUUUAAUGAGUGGACAUCAAGGUGCCCCUUAGACUGUGAAGUGACCUUAAGAAUAGAAACCACACAGCAGCAGAGCAAAAAGAUUGUAAGAGCCCAAAUCCUGACAUCCUACCGGCCCUGGAUGGCUUAC